ACUUGUGGGAUUAGGACACAUUUUGACAGAUCGUCCGUCAGUAUGAGAGACAGAAAUCUGGUGGUGCAGUUGGUAGGUGUUACCUUUCUCUGUCUAGCCCUGACUAGUUCCGCUAGCCGGAGGGAGGAACUUGAACGAGCAGCUGAGUUAGCGGUUGAACGUGCUGCGGAGAGAGUAGCAGAGAAGGCUGUUGAGAAGGCACUGGAAACUGGUAAUUCAUCGACCGAAACCGAAACGAUACGCGCGUCCCAUUCCAGCGUUAGGAAGUAUGACUUUACCCAGCAACUUCCUAUUUAUACAAUUCUAACCCCCGAGCAGAGGAAUGAAAUGCUGAGGAUGGAGAAGGAACAGGAGGCCGGUGAAUUGGCUGUCAAACAGAUAAAGCACACCUUAUUCAGACGUCAGGCUGACGAUUUUGGACCGAGUUACGGUCCCGAAGGAGGUGAUGAUUUUGAUGACGUUGGCCCAGGAUUCGGGAGUAGCUCAAGCGUCGAAGAUGACAUUGGCCCAGGAUUUGGCAGUAGCAGUGGUGGUAGUGGUGGUUCUGGUGGUACCAAGGACGAGGACAACAUUAGUCCAGGUUUUGAAAGCAUUGGAAGACUGCCCUUCGGCAGUUUGGGCUCUAGUUUCGGAAGAGGACCAUUGGGAUUCUCACCAGGACUCGGUUCCACUGGAGAUUUCACAUCCUCGAGAUUCGUACGACAGUAUCCCUACGGAAAUCCUUAUCAGCACAGUCAUUAUCAGUUUGUCCCGGUUCAUCAGGCAACACGAGUUAGUAAACCAGAGGAACCCGCUGCCCCGAAGAGGAAGGAACAGCCUCAGGUGGUACCUGCCAUAAAACCUCUCAUUCCUCCCGUGAGGAUCUAUCAGGUUGAAACAAAACCUAUCUUCUAUUAUAAUCCCCCCGUCAAUCAUUACGCAGCUCCUUUCUUCUAUCAACAGCCGCAGGUGAAGUUUGUCAAUCAGGGAGCAGAGAUCAGACCCGGAGCAGGCGUCGAGGGAAAACGACAACGCCGUGUACCGUAAUAAUACUUCUUAAUGAAUUUAUGUGUUAAAAUUCCAGGAAUAUAAGUUUGUAAAUUUCCAAAGACUUCUGCCAAUUAAACAACUUUUUAUCGAA